ACUUCUUUCUACAUAAUCACAACAUGAGCGUACAAGGUUUUUGGGGUUUAGCCUUGCAUCCUGGCAAAACAUACAGCCAGAUUGUGUCUGCUUCUUUCCGUAUUGCUAUGGCUUCUCUUACCGAGCAAAUCAAGGAAAACAAGCGUACCACUGUUACCGUUGUUGUUGAUAACAAAGAAUACGUUUUAUGUACUUUGAUUCCUAACAAGAUUGAACAACAAUCCUUGGAUCAUACCUUUGUCGAAGGUGAAGAAGUAACUUUUGCUGUCAAGGGUGAAAAUGUGGUUCACUUGACUGGUAAUUACGUUUUCAGCGAUGACGAUGAAGAAAUGGGCUCAGAAGAAGAUUCUGAAAUUGACGAUUCUGAAGAAGAGUUUGAUCAAGAAGAAUUCCUCAAGAAGCUUCCUCCAGGUUUGACUCCUGAACAACUCCAAGAAUUUCUUAAUCAAGAAGGUGAUUCUGAUGAUGAAGUUGACAGUGAUGAAGUUAUUUCUGCUGAAGAAGUCGAUGAGGAUUCCGAAGAAGAAGAAGAAGAAGAAGAAAGUGAAGAAGAAAAACCCACUGCUAGCAAGAAGCGUGCUGCUGAAGCUUCUCAAAAGGAACAGCCUGCCAAGAAGCAAAAGGCUGAAGAGCCUAAAAAGAAGGAAGAACCUAAGAAGAAGGAAGAACCUAAGAAGAAGGAAGAACCUAAGAAAAAGGAAGAACCUAAGAAAAAGGAAGAAAAGAAGAAGCAAGAACAACCCAAGAACAAGGUCACCAAGCUUCCCAAUGGGCUCAUUAUUGAAGACGUCAAAGUUGGUGAAGGUGCUUCUUGUAAGGCCGGUCAAAGAGUUGGUAUGCGUUACAUUGGUAAGCUUACUACCGGUAAGGUCUUUGACAAGAAUGUCUCUGGUAAGCCUUUCAACUUCCUUUUGGGUCGUGGUGAAGUCAUUAAGGGUUGGGACAUUGGUGUCGCUGGUAUGAAGGUUGGUGGUGAACGUAAGUUGACCAUCCCUGCUCCUUUGGCUUAUGGUAAGCGUGGUGCUCCCCCAGACAUUCCCAAGAACGCCACCCUUGUGUUUGAUGUCAAGUUGGUUUCUAUGAAAUAAUAAACAUUUAUAUAUAUAUAUAUAUAUAUAU